CAGCGCAAUACGUCAGACGCCUCCUUCAUUCACUACAAAAUACACCUGUGGAAGGUAGUGCCGCAGUUCGAUUGUAUGUAGCUGUACGUAUCCUUUCGUUACUCGAUGCGUACUUCAACGCCGAUCGUUACAAAAGCAGACUAAUGAUGAUAAUGCAAAAGUUAUAAGUCCUCCAGUUAGUUGUGGUGCUCCAGCAACUCGUGAAUGUGACUUUACUUUUGGUCAAGAAGCUACGCUUGAAAAUAGUCAAAAAUAAUCCUUUCCGUAUCCCGCACAUUCGGAGAUACUCAGAUACAAGUGAAAAGAAAACGAAGAACAAUCGUACGCAUCACCAUGGCGGAAAAGGUAAACACACAGGGCUGUGUGUUCUCGCUGCUUUACUCGGUCGGUUCGUUUGCGCUGGCCUGUGCCAGUCUGUCCACGUUGAACCCAAGUGAUCGGAUAACGGUGCAGAAGGGCGCACUGCUUAUCAGCUUAGGAUUCGUGUACUUCGUGGCGCUUACCGAGUUUCUCAACAAGCUCCUGUUGAAGACCUCCAUCGGACACAACUUUGUCAAGCGUUACCGAUUGCGCGUGUCGGACGUUUUGGAUAUCACGAACAAGCUUGUCUCGGCCGUUCAGGCUGCCUUUUCCUGCAUUGCCGGCCUUUUUGUGUGCCGAUGGUCGUGCCCAAGAAAUUUCCUACAUGCUUCACAUUUUCUCUCGGAAUCGUACGCCUGGUUCGCUGCGUCGUACUUUUUCUACGACCUUUGGUCCAUGUACAAAAUCUACGCUGCUGAAGCUGCAAUAAAAAUCAAAGCGAAGCUCGGUCUUCAGGCAGAUCGAGCCGGAGAUAACAACAAUGUCGGCAACAAUGGUUUGGCUAAUAGUGGCGUGGCAAAGCCUGGCGAAAGUGCGACACACGGUCUGCAGUUUGAAGUCUUUGACGACAUCCCGAGCAUGGAGCAGGGCACACUAUCCUUCGUUGGCCAGAGUAAAAUGGGCAUACCCAGCUUUGCCAAGUACCUGGCGUCGCAUCCUUUGAUGGUGUUCCAUCACCUGUUUAUUGGCUCGUAUGGGUUGAUCGUAAUUUCGUACCUUCGGGGCGGCCUCGGAGACUGUGUUUUCAGUUUCAUGUUCAUGAUGGAACUGUCCACGCCGUUCGUUUCGUUCCGGAGCAUCCUCAGCGUAAUGGGACUGAAGCAGUCGAAAAUGUACGUCAUCAAUGGCCUGCUAAUGCUGGUAACGUUCUUCUGGUGUCGUGUCUUCCUCAUGCCUUACGUGUGCUACUACUACAGCCAGGUGGUGAACAAACCAUUUUUCGAGGCCGUUUGGAAUUUGCCAUGGGGAUGCAAGGUCAGCAUUUUGGCACUCUUUUUACCCCAGCUGUACUGGUUCCGAUUGAUGGUACGAGGUGCAAUGAAGGUUUUCUUUCCAUCGAAAAACAAUCGCCGACGCACAAACGCUUCUUCCUGCGCAAAUGAUGUGUCUGCCAAUGGGGGAACAAUCAAACCAUCACAAUCCAAAGAUAGUGAAAUACGCUCCCUAAUGUAAAAUUUACUUCUAGAGGACAACUAGACGAAAUCCCCGGGGCGAUAAGUGCGAGUGCGAGACUUGACGUUUGUGCUUUGUGUGCUGGAAAAAAGCGGGCAUUCAUACCUUAGUAACUUUAUGGCAUAAGUGUUAUUUUGUGUGUAAAUUCAAUGUUCACAACCACACGUUGUCUUGCAACGUCACAGCGGACAAAAUGUGCGUACAGUAAACGAAACGAAACUGUGGGAGGUACGAACGGAUAGGCACGGAUAUGGCAUGAAGGCGGAAAUGUUCCAGCAUUCGAUUUUCACUUCCAUGUUUACAAAGAGUAGAAGCAGCUAAACAUUUUUUCGCUUUUCAUUUAGUUUACUAGUCAUAGUUUUUUGCUACUGGAUGUGCAGCUUAAAAUCACGGAAACCAAGUAGUGCAGGGACUGGAACACAGAUCUUCCAAGUUAUUCUUGCCUUUUUCGAGCUAAUCGUUUUGUUUGGAGGUAUACAAUAUUACACGCCGUUGUUCUGUCGUUAAGUUAAGUUAAAUCGUGUACUAGACUAUCACCAGAAAACCAAAACCUAGAGAUUUACCAACGGAGCCCACACUUACACUUACUUUUUACACACUGUUGUUACGAAGGAUAACUAGCUGACCCGAGGCAACAAACACAAGAUUACUUAUACAGCGAACGAAUCCAACGUUAGAUGAUAGACUUUUUUUGUGCAUUUUUUCUACAGAACAACGCACAACGUUUUCGUGCGUUUUGGCUAUGAAGAUAUAUACACCUAUAUUAAUUCUGCGGUACGUUUGUGGUGUUCAUUGUUGCAAGGCGGGAACAGGAAUUAACGUGUGUGUGUGUAUGUUGGAGAUGGAGACGUGUUAGAAGUGGAAACAAACGGUCGGUCGAGAAAUGGUUAUCGGACGGACGAUCCAAAACAAAAAUAUAUAUAAAACUAUUCUAUGGAGCUUUCAUAUUAGUGUGAUGUUUACCGAUUAUUAGAGAAUGUGAUAGACCUGUAAGAACUCUGUAGCACAUUUGGAGAGGUUUUUUAAGCAACCGCGUCAAAGCUGGAAGGUUAAAACAUGUAUUGCAAAAAGGAAAUGCCUGAUAGAUAUUGAAGACAAAGUAAAUAGUUCAGUGUAGCGGUUAAUUCAGACGCUAGAGGACGCCGAUGCUAGUAAAAUUGAGAAACCCAUUUGGAACUCUGGGGGAAACGUUUAUCCAGUAAUGUGUACUGAAAUUUAGAAAUCAGAAAAAUAAUUGAUAGAUGUUCCAACAUUCGUGUAGACUGGUAGUUGUUGUGGGGAACAUAAAAAUGGGAUUGAACGAAAUCGUGGGUGGCACCUUGCUAUAAUGUCUUCGUUGUGAAAAUGUACACUAGCAGGUAACAACUUGCACGAGCGAGACGAAAUCGUUGGACGAAACCAUUGGUUAGGAGUUUGUGCACUGAGUACGUUAUUGUAUUGCAGUUAAAUGUGGCAUCUAAACUGAUCGGGUAAUACGAAAUAUCUGAACCAUAAUGAAAUGUGGUGUUUGUGUACCAAUUUACAUGGAAAUAAAAUAUGUAUUGGA